GGGGCGUGUUGCCAUGGCGCCGGGGCGCGCGGGGAGAGAGUGAGCCUGAGCCUGAUGCCGGGGCCGGUCCUGGGGCUGGGGCCGGGGCCGAGGCCGAGGCCGGGGCCUGGUCCUGGUCCUGGUCCUGGGGCGGAGCUGGAGAAUGUUGUUGAGAAACCGGAGACUGAGGGAGAACUGCGGGUCCUCCGGAGGAUAGACUGCAAGGUACCUGCUGUUUGCUGCUGUUUUAAUCAGUCUGGACAGCUUCUAGCAGUGGGACUGAUGACCGGGAAUAUCAAGCUUUAUAAACCGUGCAGUGGGGCGUUUGUCUAUCAGCUGAGGGACACAGAGACUCUGAACAUCAACUUACCAGUCACAAGCCUCAACUUCUGCCCACCAGGAGCUGCCAGUGGUGACUUACUGCUGGCAACAUAUGCCAGUGGGAAGGUGAAACUGUGGCAUGUGUCGACCCAGAAGUGUCUGCACACCUUGGUGGAAAACCAGGAGACACUAGCUGCAGCGUUCAAUGCUUCAGGGACUCGCUUUGCCACCGCAGGAACAGCAGCAUCAAUCCGACUGUAUGAUACAGCCAGCCGGGAUUGCCUACAGACCUUCACACCCAGCCCCUCUCCAACUGUGAUGGAUGGUCAUCGGUCCCGUAUUUUUGUGGUGAAAUUUAACCCCCACAACCUGACAGAGCUGCUUUCAGGAGGAUGGGACGAUACCGUACAGUUCUGGACUGAGAAUCAUCCCCAUUCACUCAGGAGGAUCUUUGGCCCCCACCUAUGUGGUGAUUCUCUGCAGAUACAUCCUGUGAGCGAUGAGAUUCUGACAGGAUCAUGGAGGAGAGAGAAGAGUUUGGAGGUCUGGGAUUACCAAUCAGGUGAGAAGAUUCAAGAUAUUCCCCAGAAGGACGGUGAUUACAGUCUGACGUAUAGUUGCCGCUGGCUUGGACCUGACCACGUGAUCGCUGCAGGGACCAGGAACAACAUCUGUCGUCUGGUGCAUCGAGAAACGAUGGCGACGGUGGGUCGUCUGGGAAACCUGUCCCAAGGGGUGUACAGCAUCGAUGUCUGCACUGACCAGUCAGAUAAAUCACUCGUGGCUGUUUGCAGUGAGAGUUACGUUUACCUGCUCGAUCACCAGCAAGCUUAAACUCAGAGCAAACUCCAGCUCAGUAACACACACAGACACACACACAGACAUUCCCAUUAAAUUUCUGUAUUUUUCAUUA